AUGGACAAUUUGAACCAGGGAAUUGCAAAACUCCGCGAUUUUAUGAUUGCAGACACUCGACUGCGAGGAAUUAACAAAAACUUGCAAUUAGUGCUUCAAAAUCGACAAAAAGAAGCCAUCGUUAAGAUAACUGAUGCCGCACAGCACCAUUUACGUUCAAUAGACAAUAUCAGUUGGAGAUCUGGAUACGCUUGUGAUCCUGAACGAUGGGAGGAAGGAAAAAAUUACAUCCGAGUAAAACCUUUCAAACCAAAGGGCUGUGGAGGUGUUCCAAACUGUGAGGCAUCGAGGCUCACUCGGACUGAGCUUCCCAGUAGAUUCAGCUUGAUGCUUGUAUUUUGUGACACUUCCAAAUACGAAGUUGUAACAAGUACCCGAUUCUACGAAAAAGACGGAAUCAUUGGAGUGGAACCUGAGUGUGGAGUUUUCGCUGAAGGCCAAGUAGAUCCUCAAACUCUUAGAUGGAACACCUGGAACAGAGAUCACUACAGCAGGGACGACCUUCCGCCUAAGUCUAUAAGCCUUCGCGAGGAAAUAGAUACAUUUCAUUUGGACGAUAUUGUGCUGCCUGAAGGCGAAUUCCUCACAGCCAUUGGAAUCAUGGUCGUUGAUGACCCUUUGAGAAUAUAUAUUCCAGGCGCUUAG